AUGGCGAUCCGCGAGGAUCUCGUCGCUUCGGCGGCAAAAUUCCUCCAAGACCCGAACGUGGCUUCGUCUCCGCCCGACAGCCGCGUGGCCUUCCUCAAAGCGAAGAACUUGACACCCGAAGAGAUUGGCGCAGCUCUCUCACGCGCCGGUCUCGACGGCGCCGCGCCUUCGUAUGCGGUUGCACCGCAACAACAGUCCGUGGCUCCUCAACACUCCCCCGUGGCACCGCCGCCAUACUACGGCAGCCCGUACGGACAACAACCAUAUCCGCCCUAUGGAUGGCAGCCGCCACCGCACGAGGCUCCGCGCCGCGACUGGCGCGACUGGUUUAUCAUGGCCACCGUCGUGAGCGGUGUAGGCUACGGCCUGUACUCCUUGACCAAGAGAUACGUCUACCCGCUGGUGGCACCCCCAACGCCAGACCGGCUCGAGCAGGACAAGCAGGAGGUGAACGCGCAGUUUGAGCGGGCGUUUGCGCUGGUAGACCAGCUGGCCAAGGACACGGAGGCGCUCAAAGCGGCCGAGCAGGAGCGCACAAGCCGCAUCGAUGAAGGCCUUACGAUGCUGGAGACGGCGCUGAGCGACCUCAAGGCAGCCGGCAAGCGGCGCGAGGAUGACGCCGAGCGGCUGCGCGACGAUGUCCGCAACCUCAAGGACGCGCUGCCUAAAGCGCUCGAGGCUCAGCGCGACGUCACCGACAAUCGGCUGCGCGACGUCAACACCGAGCUCAAGGGCCUCAAGACGCUUGUCGGCCAGCGCCUGGCCACAGCCGCGCCGACCCCGACGCCGGCACCAUCGGCCGCCAUCAUCGGCGCCGGUCCCGGCUUCAGCACCGUCACCAGCACGUACACGGCCGGAGCCAAGCCCGACACUGAUGCCGCCAUGUCCACGCCUACACCUGUUUCCGUUCCCGCACCCGCAUCCGGCUUCAUGGGCAACUACAUGGCCUCUGACCUUACCACGCCGGCCAGCAGUGGUCUUCCCGUCCCGACAUCCCCCACAACGACGCCACCGCAGUCGAAAUCCCCGCUCAGUGGCGCUGCCGGCAGGGCCUCCAUCCCCGAGUGGCAGCGUGCCAUGAUGAAGAAGUCGACAACCGGCACGAACGGCAAUUCUGCUGCCACCACCAACGGCACCACCAAUGGCACGGCCGCCGGUACCGCCAGCAGCGUGCACUCGGCCAGCAGCAGCUCGUAG